CCUGUUUUACGGUGGAUCCUGUUUUAGGUGCAUAGACUCUAUGUCUAUAUAUACUGUCUAUGGUUCUGUGUCAACAUAGACGAUCUUUGGCUGCAACAAAACUUGUCGCACGUUUAAAACGUCACUCCAGAUCAGCUAAUAACGUACACAAUGUAACAUGUAAAUAUUUGUGAGUGUGGUGUAUUUUUGUGGCGUUUGUUUUAAAAUUAAUUUAUUUUCCAAUAAACACGAUUAAGUAUCUCAGUGUAAAAGGAAAUGAACAUUUUUGGCCUAAAGGAAAAUAGUGUCGCACAAAUUGACGUGUUAACCAAGCGCCAAACCUAAAAUGUCACUAAACGGUCUUUGAGUUUGCACACUUUUACAAUGCGAAACAAACUCAAACGGAGCAAAGCCGUGAAGGAUACAGGAAGCCAAAGCAAAGCGCAAACCAGCGAGGUGAUAAUUUUAUCCGACUCCAGCUGCUCUGAUGGUGAAACAUCACGGACUGUGGGAGGCAAACAUUUCUCAAAUACUGCUGCAGGCUUUUCUGAACGACAAUUUAAACAACUGCAGGAGGAGAACAAUGCAUUAUCCGCAAAAGACACUAAAAUUGCACCAAUUUUCUUACGAACUAGACAGCAGAGUAAGAGCAAAAGGAGCAGCGACGGAGAGAAGACGCAGAAAUCAGUGCUGCCUCCUCAGAGUGAUGAUCUCCAAGUCUCUCACCUGACAGGUAAAGACGACUCUGUUCUGCCCAGCUGCAGAAGAGGACAGCUGUUACCUUCAGCUCUGCACAGCUGUCUGGAAGAAAUCCAAACGUCUAAUCCAGCAUUUCCAGUCCAAGCAGUGUUCAGGACUCUACAGAAGAAAGCAAGUGAGGGGCUGCAGGAGUGUGAAUCCACAGCAGGAUGCUCCUCACAUCCAGGCUCCUUACUAAGUUUUGAGAAAGAGAAGAGGAGACGGGAAAAUGAAAUCUCUGAGAGGACCCCCAAACGUCUGAGGUCUAAUUUCGCUGCAGAGGAUGCUGCUGGUAUCAGUCGCUACCAUCUGUCAGUGCAGGAAGUCCAGGGAAGUAGAGUCCCUGCUGUACAGAAGCAGCCCAGGAGCAGCAGACUGAGUCGCACUCACAAACUGAAGCAGCAAACUGGGAGAACUGAAGCAAACCUGGUGACCAGCUGUGAGCCGAUCUCUGGAUGGAGAAAUCGCACAGAAUCAGACACCCAGUCUCUCAAAAACUGUGAAACUCUCCAGGGAGAUUCCUGUUUUGAGAAUGUGCUCUGGACAGAUAAGUACAGUCCUCAGGAUUCGAGUGAAGUUAUUGGUAAUUCUGCCUCAGUGAAGAGACUAAACAGCUGGUUGAAGAAAUGGAAACUAAGAGCUGACCGUGAUGAGAGCAGAAAAGUGGAGGAAAGGAGACGAGAAGAAAACAGUAAUGACUCGUGGGAUUGUGGAGACUUCCAGGGUGAGGCCGGGUCAGAGGAGCCAUUGUGUAACACAAUGCUGAUCACAGGACCCUCAGGUGUGGGAAAGACUGCCUCGGUGUACGCCUGUGCUCAGGAGCUCGGCUUCAAGGUAUUUGAGGUGAACUGCUCCUCACAGCGCAGCGGCCGCCAUGUUCUGUCCCAGCUGCAGGAGGCUACCCAGUCCCACCUAGUGGAGAUGUCAGGGACAGACUCUCUGAAACCAGCUUACUUCAACAACUACUGCACCAACAGCUCCACUAACAAACCUGAGACUUUACCAGGAAAAUCAGCUCUUCAUAGAAAUCUGACUUCGACUCGAAAAAAGAAGGCAGCACGAAUUCUGGCCUCUUCUUGUCGCAAAGUAAAAGCCAAACCAGCCACAGUGACUUUGGUGCACUACUUUAAGAUGAAGACCAAAGCAGAUCGCUUACACUUUGAUGGCCUGUCGCCAUGUGAAAAAACAGACAGCAAGAAAUUGGAUGACUCAUCACCCGGCUGUGAUCAAACGGCACCACAGAACAAAAAGACAGCAACAUCGCUCAUUCUGUUUGAAGAGGUUGAUGUCAUAUUUGACGAUGACGUUGGUUUCCUUGCAGCCAUUAAAGCUUUCAUGACGACCACUAAAAGACCAGUCAUUCUGACCACCAAUGAUCCCACAUUUAAAGAGAGAUUUGACUGCAGCUUGGAGGAAAUCAUUUUUAAAACCCCAUCAGCAGUGAACGUCUGCAGUUACCUGCAGCUGGUGUGUUUGGUUGAGAAAGUGCGACUGGAUUUGGAUGACGUUCGCGGCCUCCUAAGACUCAGCCGUGGUGACGUCAGACGCUGCUUGUUGCAGCUGCAGUUCUGGGUGUACAGUGGUGGAAGACGGACGUGUCAGAGUGGAAGCUUCCCCAAAGGACCUCUCUGUAUACAGUACUCAAAUGCUACUGAAGAAGGAAACCGUUUAGACUCCCAGCUUCCUCCAUGCAAAACAGGCUGCUCUGCCAACAUGCUGGGUCUGCAUCCCGUAACCCCAAACUAUCUGGUGAACCUCCUAAAGGGUCCAUCCUGGUCUGAAGUGGACAUGAACAAACUCCUGAAUGUCCUCACUGAGAGCUGGAGAAGAGCUGUCCCUCUCCUGUAUUCCAACCUGGAGCUUCUUCUGUCCAUAGGAGCAAAGGGAACUUUAGUCCACAACAUGGACAAGGGGAUUCUUUCUGGGCUGCAGAAUGAGUCGCCACCCUCCAACAGCGAUCUUUACUUUCAGAAACAGAAUCAAAAUGUCAGGCCAAACGUGUCGGUGAGCAGCAGCAAACCUGUCAGGAACGUCUCCAGGCUGAGCAGAAGGAAAUGCAUCUCAUCAUCUUCCGAUCCGUCGUCCCACAAACCUCACAUAACAUCAUUAAAUGAAACUCCUCCAAGCUCGCCAAGUUCAAGUGACAAAACUGAACAAAAAGUGACAAGUGGCUGUUUAGAAGCGCUGACCGACUUCUUUGACCUCAUGUCGUACCUUGAUGCCACACUGCCGGCUGCCGAGAUGCUACUUUCAGGCUCCUGCACACCUGAAGCGUUUGUCUGGACAGGAGCAGAGUUGAAGGACGGUUUGUUGGAUGAGAUGAGCGAGGAGGAGGGCUGGAGUUGGAGUCAGGAGAGGUUGUUGGACAUUCGGGCAGCUGUUGAAGGUUUGGGGUGUCACAGGUACUGGUGGAGAGUGUCUGAGGUGUGGACGGGAGCUCAAAAAUACAGACAGAAACUGGAGGACAAAAAGUGGGGACGGCUGGUGGAGAGCCAGGCUUUAACUGCCUCAUCUCAAAGACAGAGUUUGAGUUUUGGUUUCCCAUCUCUGUGUGCAUCAAGCGUGUCCCAGAGGAGAUACAGACUGAGCAGGACGGUGCUCAGCUCGAAAUCCUUUAGCCUGCUGGGGAACAGACAGGCUGUCAGCGUCGACUACAUGCCAGCGCUUCGAUCCAUCUGUCGCUCUCAUAGAGCACAGCAACAACAAGGGGAGACAGUAAGGUGUCUAAACGACCUCAGCAGCACACACCUGGGCCUCUCCAACUCCACUAUGCAACUCCUGGCAGAAGAUUUCACUUCUCUGACUCACUUUACUCCCACCAGUAUUUAUUCAAAUUGAACAUUGCCAAGUGAAUUUAUUGCAGUUGAAAUGAGAAAUCAUGUUUAAUUUAAAUGUAAA